AUGAGCACCAAGGGGAAAUGGCUCACCAUUGAGCAGAAGUGUGAGCUUAUUGCACAGCACCGAAGCGAGCCUUCUACAACAUACACACAGCUGGCACUAUGGACCAAGUCUCGCUUUGAUCUGUCCGUGCCGCCUACACGCCAAACUAUUCGCAAUAUCCUGCAGGCAGCUGCAGAAAUCGAGUCAAAGCGACAAAGCGACAAUGUGACUGCCAAGGGCCGUCGAUUAUGUGUACGCUCGAGAGAGCUUGAAAAUCAACUUGGACAGUAUGUUCGAGAAUGUCAGACUCGCGGUGUACAGCUCACGCGACGACUCUUGCAAUCGCGUGCUCGGGAAAUUCGCGACACUAUGCAACACCCACCCGUCCAUAAUUUGUCAGUUGGUUGGCUGACACGCUUUAUGAAGCGACACGGCCUGCGUUUUCAAAAAGAAAGGGGAAGCUUAGCAGAGGAGACGAUGAAGUCCACUAAGCAUUUCGCUCAAGAGAUUAUAUGUCCAGAUACUAAAAGUAUGAUACAGGAGUCGACUUACGGGCUGAAUACAGCGACAGAUCGAGCGCAUGUGGAAAGAUUGCGACUCAAGGCAAUUGAGAGAUUACGUGAAAUCGAAAAAGAGGCCAAAGGGAUCCGAAAAUACCUGCGCAUUCUCGAUGGAGGAUCAAAGGCGUAG